CGCACGUCCAGCGUCGACUCCGAGUUGGCCCGGCGCCUGUCCUCGGUCGACCCCGCGCUGGCCCGGCGUUUGUCCGGCGACAGCUCUGCGCUUGGUCGUAGCUCGACCCCGGUGGCCCGCGCCCGGGCGGCGCUGCCGAAGGCGUUCACGAGCAGGCUGGCACCGAUGACCCGGAGCGAGACGACGGAUACCUUGAAUGACGUCGACGGCACUGCGGGAAGCGAGGGCUGGCGGCUCGCAUACGCUCACCGCACCGCCCGAGCAAGGUGGAACAAGAUGAGGCAGAGCCUGGGGAUCAACGGCGACGCCAAGGCCUCCGAGCGCUCUUUUGCGCUGCAGAGGCUCGCCCGCCUCCCCAUGUUCGCUGGCACGGUGCGCGCGCUGCAGGCAGCCAAGGACCGCUACGAGCAGCAGUCGGGUGCAUACGUGUGCGCAACCGGGCACCAGUCAUCGACCAAGAAGAUCAAGAACUCCCUGUCCCACUCCAGCUUCCUCAAAGCCACGCUGGCACCCGCCACCGCGAGCAGGCACCUCUUGCAUCUGAACUGCGUCAUGGUCACGCGAGUGCCGUCCUUCCUGUACUCCACGUGUUCGGCGUGGCCCCGGUACGGCAGCGCCACGAGGGCGUGUUCGGGGAACCGCUCCUGCUGCACCGCCAGGUUCCGCUUCGUGACCACCUUCCUGCAAAACUCCUCAAACGACACGGCGAGCGGCAGGCUGGCAGUUCCUGGCGUGGCUGGCAUCCAGCCUUCCCUCGACGAGGCAGCUGCGGCGGCUGCUGCGGCAGAGGCUGCUGCUGGUACGCUUGCGGUGCUGGCUGGAGCGGAGGGCCGACCGGCCGUGCCAGGAGUGGCCGGCAUCCAUCGCUUCACCUCUGGGGAGCUGCUGCCUCCUUUCCUCUCGUCCUGCUCCUGCUUCCUCUUUGCCUCGCAGUCCUGCUGCCCGGCCGUCGCCAUGCUGACGGGUGUCCCUGGCAUCCCUGCCGCUGCUGCCCCUCCCUCGGGGGGGCCAGCGCUGGUCUCCGUCGCCCUGCCGCUCUGCGGGGUGGAAGGCAUCCAGCCGCAGCCACGCAACGCGGACGAAAACACCGUGAUGUUCCUCUCCAUCCGGUUGGCCAUGGCUGCGAGCAUGUACUCGUCGACCCACCGCGUAGGCCGCCCAAUGGCCUCCAGCCACUCCUUGUACGUGUGGGGCACCGGCCCCCCCUCCAUGUCGACCGUCGCCAACGGGCGGGACACCGUGAUGACCUUUGCCCCGGCAGCCGCCAGCGUGUACCCGAUCCCUGUGGCCAACACCGCAGGAACGGAGUCCUUUGGCACCUUGGCAUAG